GGCUCGAGGCAAGGCGAGGCUGGCGGCUGUUCGAGGGCAGGUACAGCGGGGGAGCAGGCACCGCGCUCACGCACACACAGACACAUGGGCCUGCUGCAGCCGCGGACCCCAGCCAGGGCUCUGGCCUGACCCGGGAGUUCACACUGAGUCCAGCAAGGGAGGGGGUUCCCAGGGAGCCCCCCCUCCCCGCCAAGAGGGCGCCGCUGCCUUCCCAGGCUCCCGCUGCCUCCACCGGCCCCCACUGCGCCGCAGAUGGAGGUGGAGCACCGCCUCACGCACUCGGCACUGGGCUUGCUGCUGGGGCCACUGCUGGCCAUGUUGCUCAUGGCCUUGUGUGUGCGCUGCCGCCGGCUGCCAGACUCCUACAACAGUGCCUCUUCCUUGGAUGGUGUAUACCCUAGGAGCAUCUUGGUGAAACCACCCUGCACUGUAUCCCGGGACACGAUGCACCAGUCCCCUGCCUCCUACCCGUCCAUGACCUCUGACCCACCCCUGAGCCAGCCAGACCUGCUCCGCAUUCCGAGAUCCCCACAGCCCCCUGAGAGUUCCCACCGGAUGCCGUCUUCCCGGAGGGACUCCAGUGAUGCUCAGAGUGUGGCAAGCUACGAGAAUGAGAGUGCGUGGGGUGGGGUGGUGGCAGAGAGGCUGGGGCCCCAGCUCGGGUCUGUGCCGGGCCGUGCAGAGCCCCACUGUCGCUCCUCUGCAGAGCCGGCCUGCAAGGGUGCGGAUGAGGAUGAAGAUGAGGACCAGAACGAAGGCUAUCUAGAGGUACUGCCUGACAACAACUCAGGUGUCAGCAACAAUGCCACCUCAGCUCCUGUGCCCAGCAACCCUGGCCUCCGGGACAGCGCCUUCUCCAUGGAGUCUGGCGAUGAUUACGUGAAUGUCCCUGAGAGUGGGGGCAGCGCGGACGCAUCCCUCGAUGGGAGCCGGGAGUACGUAAAUGUGUUGCAGGAGCUGCCCGUGGAGUCCAGGAGCCAGCCUGCCAAGCUCCAUGUCCAGGAGGUGGGGGGUAAGGAGGAAGAGGAAGAACCACCAGAUUAUGAGAAUCUACAGGGUCUUAACUGAGGGCUGCCGACCUGAUCCGGCCUUGUUGAGACCCCUUGGACUGGGAGGCUGCGAGUGGCUGGAGAGGCAGGGCGCCCGACCCCACCCUCCCACCCCCAUGGCAUCAUGUCCUGAUGACAGCCUCAGAAUUUAGCCCCCUAACUUAUUGUCACUUUGGGGUCCAGUCUGUGGUUCCCUCCCUCCCCCACAAAGUCUCUGCUGCUUCUGAUGUAGCCAGAGAACAAAGUCUCCUGUCUCCCUUUUGUAAGAGAAUAAAGGCCCACACGGAGGACUUGGCACUCUCCAGUGCCCCAGCUAGGCACUGUGAGGAGCAGCAGUGGAGCUCUCUGGCCCCCUCCUCUGUGAGGCCUCUCACCCCAGGUGGCACUUGAUAGGGCUCAGAUGUUGCCCCCUCCACCUGCCUACUGUGAGGUGGCCACCAGGGGGAUGGGGGCUACGGCCACUGGCUGUGAUGGUGCCACAGCAGGGUGCAGACGGUGACACGCUUCCCCUGCAGCCUUGGUGUCUGUGUCUUUACAAGCGGGACUCAAUGACCUCCAGGGCCUCUCUAACUUUACCUUUUGUGACCGCCUCAAUAAACGGAACUUUAUAAAUGG